GUGGACUACAAAGACGAAGUGAGGGUAUAUAAGUUAUCCAUAUUAGUGCUGGGAUUUGGUAACGAUCUGAGAAAAGAAAUGGUUGUUASUACAUUGAAAGAUGACGAUAGUAUAAUUCCUUGUUUCUUGGAGUUAUAAGACUCAAAUCAGGAUGAAAACAUGGCUAGAUAUUCUAUGGAGUAUCCUUUGCGUUGGAUCACUAUGCGGAUCACAAGAUGCAUAUGUUAUGUCUAAAGAGGAUAUGUUGCGUUAUAGGGACAGGGCAAAGGCAAUGUUUUAUCAUGGCUAUAAUAACUACAUCAAGUAUGCAUACCCUUAUGAUGAAUUAAAACCCCUUUCAUGUACUGGACAAGAUACCUGGGGCAGUUAUUCUUUGACUCUGAUUGAUUCACUGGAUACAUUACUAAUUAUGGGGAAUGUGACUGAGUUUCAAAGAGUUUCUAGACUACUUGAAGAAACACUAAGCUUUGAUGAUGAUAUCAAUGUAUCUGUGUUUGAGACUAAUAUUAGAGUUGUUGGUGGUUUGUURUCAGCCCACUUAUUGUCCAUUAAAGCUGGACUUACUGUUGAGGAUGAAUGGCCAUGUCAAGGUCCACUCCUUAGACUUGCAACACAGGCUGCAGAAAGACUUCUUCCAGCAUUUGACACUCCAACUGGUAUGCCAUAUGGUACAAUCAACCUACGCUAUGGGGUCCCUGAGGGAGAGACGUCAAUAACAUGCACUGCGGGAUGUGGAACCUACAUURUAGAAUUUGGAACACUUAGUGCCUUAACUGGAGACACAAGAUUUGUUGACACAGCAAUGAAAGCCCUCGAUGGGCUCUGGAAAACCAAAUCUGAAUUAGGAUUGGUUGGUAAUCACAUAGAUGUUCUGACAGGGAAGUGGACAGCUGUAGAUUCUGGAAUUGGUGCUGGUGUUGAUUCUUACUUUGAGUAUCUUCUCAAAGGUGGAAUAUUGUUUGGCAUGCCAAAGCUUAUUUACAUGUUUGAAGAAUUUUAUGGAAAAAUCAAAAAAUACUUAAAGCACAGUGACUGGUAUAUCUGGGUCAACAUGAACAAAGGACAAAUUACCAUGCCAAUAUUCCAGUCACUAGAAGCCUUUUGGCCAGGUUUACAGGUUCUUUGGGGAGACAUUGGAGCAGCAUCCAGGACUAUUGAAAAGUACCAUCGUGUCUGGCAACAUUUUGGGUUUAUUCCUGAAUUUUACCAAAUAUCUUCUGGAGAACCAUUCUCAGGACGAGAGUCUUAUCCUUUGCGGCCAGAGUUGAUCGAAAGUGCAAUGUACCUGUAUCAGGCAACAAGAGAUCCAUAUUUUUUAGAGAUUGGCAGGGAUAUGUUGGAAUCCAUAGAAAGAAGUGCAAAGACCCCAUGUGGGUAUGCUACAAUUAAAAAUGUCAAAACCCAUGAAAAAGAAGACAGAAUGGAGUCAUUCUUUCUGGCAGAGACAACUAAAUACCUAUACCUCUUAUUUGAUGAACACAAUUUUAUACAUCACAGCAAUGGAACAAGGGAUUCUUUAUUCACCAGCAGGGCAACUAAAUCACCCGCUUGUGCUAUUGGAAGUAGUGGUUAUAUAUUUAACACAGAGGCUCAUCCUAUCGACAUAGGUGCAAUACACUGCUGUAAAGCACACCAACAAACCAAAAUACAUGAAGACAUUAUCUUACAUACAAAAUCAAGCAACACUAAUGCUAAUAAGGAAGAAACACUUACUGGAAAACACAGCUGCAAAGCCAGGCCAUUUCAAAAAAGAUUUUCUGUUCUAGGAGCCUUUUUUGAAAGUUUUGAUGAUCCUUAACAAUAYUCAAUUAUUUAGCUAUUUGCAAUGAAU